AUGAAGUUCAACAACCUCUUGGCCCCGGCAGUCAUCGCCUCUGCAUCUCUGGCCGGCCAAGCCGCUGCCUUCCCUUGGGACGAGCGCGUGUGCCAGGUUACCGUCUUCUAUCCGGGAAAAGAGACGGGAACGUUGAUGCCACACUUGAUGGAGCCGGAAGAGCCGAUUGUGAUCCCCAAGAUCAACGGCAAACGUUACUACGCCGUGUCCGACGCCAAUUGCAAAUAUAAGCGGUACGACGUGGAUCCCGAGGGUAAUCCUUGGCCCUCGGGGCUCAGAGUAAAGGGUGUUGCCGUGAAGCUGUGGAAAGAAAAGCUGGACUAG